AUGACCUCCGCUCUUGAGCAUCAGUAUCGCAAUUCCGGCCCCGGCAGCCAGUUUGUUGCUGCGGGGUCGCAGAACAACAAUUCCGGCUCUGGAAGCCAAUACAACGCCCAAACCAUUAUCUUUAACGAUGCUCAAGAAAUCGACGCGAAUCUAUUGGGCGACCUUCGCAUUACCGAUCCCCGUGACGACAAAGACCGCAUCGAACGCACCAAGGGUGGGCUGCUGCGCGACUCAUACUGUUGGGUUAUUGAGAAUCCAAUUUUCCAACGCUGGAAGAAUGAUGCCAGUGGGCGAUUGCUCUGGGUGAGAGGUGACCCCGGCAAGGGCAAGACCAUGCUCCUAUGCGGCGUUAUCAAUGAGCUAGAGAAGGCAGGAGCCGAUCCCGUCUAUUUCUUCUGCCAAGCGACCGACUGGCGGCUCAACACCGCCACCUCCGUGCUGAGAGGCCUAUUGUAUCUGCUUCUGGAAAAGAAGCCAUCUCUGAUUCAAUUCAUCAGAGAAAAGUACAAACAAGCAGGGAAGCAGCUUUUUGAAGACGCCAAUAGCUGGACAGCCCUGAGCAAGAUCAUGUACGAGAUCUUUGCCCAACAAGAUCAAGCAACGGAAAAACUUGUUCUUGUUAUCGACGCCCUAGACGAAUGCACCGUAAAUCUGGACGAUCUUCUUGAUUUGAUCGUCAAACUCUCUUCAACCUCUAUCAGCAUUAUUGUAUCAAGUCGGAACUGGCCCAACAUUCAAGAGGUUCUGGAUACAGCUCAACAUCAAUACUGUGUUUGCCUAGAGCUCAAUGAGAAUUCUAUCUCUGCAGCUGUGUUGAAUUUCAUCAAUUACAAGGUGGAUCAACUCGCGCAAUUGAAGGCCUACGACGACACACUACGGAGUGAAGUACAAAGCUACUUAAUCUCCAGUUCAGACGAUACAUUUCUCUGGGUGUCGCUUGUAACACAACGACUGGCAGACCACAAGCUUCCAAAAAGACACACCCUCAGAAGGUUAAGAGAAUUUCCCUCGGGGCUCGACGAGCUGUAUAACCGCAUGUUGCUUCAAGUUAUGGAAUCCAUGGACGCGGACAUCUGCAAGAACGUAUUGGCCGUGGCUUCAGUCGUGUUGCGCCCGGUCAGUUUGGUCGAGUUGGCCAUACUAAUUGACUCCGCCGAUGUGUACGAGAACAACAUUAACAAUUUGGAGGCCAUCAUCGGGGAAUGUGGCUCUCUUUUGGUUUUGAAAGAUGGGAUUGUUUACUUCGUGCACCAAUCAGCAAAAGACUUUUUGAUCCAGGGUUCCCGCAGCAACAUAAUGCCCUUAGGUAUCUGCAAUCAGCACACUUUGAUCUUCAAUAGGUCACUUGAAGCCAUGUCAACCGUUCUUCGACACAACAUCUACGGUAUAGAGCCCUGGACCACCAUUGCUGAGGUGGAGACUCCGGAUGCUGAUCCCCUCGCAUCAAUUGCGUACUCGUGCACGCACUGGGCCUACCAUCUCAACGAGGGAGAAUUGCCUGGGCCUAGAGAGCUUGGUCAGGUUCACGCCUUUCUGACGACGCACUUUCUGCACUGGACUCUUCGAACGUGA